UAUGUGGAAUUUUCCUCGAGUCUUCUAUAUAUGCUUAUUUCUUUUUUAUUCUAUUUUAUUUUUUUUCUGCUGAAAAGAACAUGCACAUACUGAUAGGAUGUCUUCUUCUUUUUCUUUUCUUUUUUUUUUUUAAAAAAGAAAAAAAAGAAAAAUUGAAUUUCACAUAUCUUUGGAAUAUUAUAUAUUCUCACUAGUGUCACAUAAAUUCCUUAUUCACACAAACAAAAUUUCCAACUUGCUCAUCUCUCUCUCUCUCUGUGAUACGAGACUACGUCAAAGUGAUCAUUAAUAAAGAAGAAAGAAGAAAAUUGUAGUGACUACUAUGCUGAACUACUACUUGUUUGUUAUCAUAACUGGAUGGUUCUUAAUGGCAAGGUCGUCAACAGAACUAGCUAUACUUGGUUGUCCAGAAAAGUGUGGAGAUGUAACUAUCCCAUUCCCAUUCGGAAUUGGAUCGUCCAAUUGUUUUCUUGACAAAUGGUUCGAAAUCUCCUGCCACAACUCCACUACGCCUUUCCUCAAACAAACUCAACUACAGUAAGUUGUGGUGCUUUUGCCAAGUACGAAACAAGGAGUGGUAACAGGGUCGUCCAGAAUGGGUGCACCAGCAGCAGCUCCACCUGCUCAUCAUCAUCCAAUAGUAUUGAUUUUAGUAAUUGCGAUGGCGUUAAAUGUUGUCGUACUUCUUUCGAUGGUAGUGACAGCUUAAAAUUCUCCAUGGAUAUUGAUUCUUCUACGACUCUUGCAACAAAUCGUGAUAACGAAUAUUGCAAAUAUGCGUUCGUGAUAGAUCGUUCUGAAAUUGAUAAAUACAAAACAUCCCAUGAUUUGGAUUAUUAUGUUCCCGCCCUACUAAGUUGGUCCCUUAACAGUACGUAUUUCGACAUAUUUAAAACACAUGUUAUCCCAACCAGAUCAAGAUCUAGCAGCUUCUACUGCAGCAGCUAUAAUGGUACUUUAAAUUCCUCUCUAGAUCCGAUAUCCAGCUGUUACUGCAGUAAAGGAUUUCGAGGGAGUGCGUACAUUCAGGACGGGUGUCAAGAUAUUAAUGAAUGCAUUGAGGGAAGAGCGAUUUGCUCUGGAGGUUCUACUUGCGUGAACACUAUCGGGGGCUAUUACUGUAGUUAUAAACGCAAUACCAUCUUUAUAGGUGUGGGGAGUCCUCUUGGAUUAUUAGUUCUACUUUUUGGUACAUGGAGACUAUACAGAUUCAUAAAGAAAAGAAAAGAAAUUAAAUGCAAGAAAGCAUUUUUCAAACGAAAUGGUGGCCUUUUAUUGGAACAGCAGAUACAUUCAGGUGAAAACAAUGUCGAGCAAACCAAGCUAUUUGAUUCAAAAGAGUUAGAGAAGGCAACUGAUAAUUUCAAGAUAGACAGAGUUCUUGGGCAAGGAGGCCAAGGCACUGUGUACAAAGGAAUGUUGGAAGAUGGAAAGAUUGUUGCUGUAAAGAAGUCUAAAAUAAUUGAUGAAGCCAAACUCUCUGAAUUCAUCAAUGAGGUUGUCAUUCUUACACAAAUCAAUCAUAGAAAUGUUGUCAGGCUAUUGGGAUGUUGUCUCGAGACAGAUGUUCCACUUCUAGUUUAUGAAUUCAUCCCAAACGGAACACUUUCUGAGUAUAUUCAUGACAAAAAUGCAGAGUUUCCUUUCACAUGGAACAUAAGAUUACAAAUUGCCACUGAAGUUGCAGGAGCGCUUUCAUACUUACACUCAGCAGCUUCUUUUCCAAUUUAUCAUCGAGAUAUCAAGUCUACGAACAUACUCAUUGAUGAAAAAUUGAGAGCUAAAGUUGCAGACUUUGGUACAUCAAGAACUAUCUCCUUAGAGCAAACUCACCUGACCACUUUAGUUUAUGGCACUUUUGGCUAUCUUGAUCCAGAAUACUUUCAGUCUAGCCAAUUCACAGAUAAGAGUGAUGUUUAUAGUUUUGGAGUUGUUCUUGUCGAGCUCUUGACUGGACAAAAAGCAAUAUCUGCUGCAAGUUCAGAGGAAGGAAGAAGUUUGGCAACAUAUUUCAUAAUGACAAUGGAGGAAAAUAGCAGUAUUCUGUUCGACAUUCUUGAUGCUCAAGUUGUCAAAGAUGCGCCAAAAGAAGAGAUCUUAAUUGUUGCUAAUCUUGCACAAAAAUGCUUACACUUGAGCGGAAGGAAUCGACCUACCAUGAAAGAAGUAGCAAAGGAGCUAGAAGGGAUACAAGUCAUUGAUAAUAAAGAUUCAAAGGGUAGUCAACAACAUAAUUAUGAUUAUGAAGAGCUAGCAUAUGCACCACCUGAAAUUGCAGACUACUCCUCCACAUCGUCAACUUUUGAUAGUAAUGCUACUAGCUCCUUGUUUCAUCAAGAGUUUCCAUUGUUGGAAGUGUGAACAAAUAUUAAUAUUCCUUUUGUAGUACUCUUCACUUUAUUUUCUUUUUAUUUCAAAUUUCAGAGAUCAAUUAUACUGUGGAAUACUUCAUUGGUUAAUAUUGUUAACUUUAGUUUCAUCACAAUGUAUAAGCAUUCAACGCUUAGUACUUUUACUAUAUUAUGUAAUAUAGUAGUACUCGUGUUUUUGUAUGGUUUUGGCCUUUUCAUUUUUCUAAUUAUUUCUUUUUAUACGAA